AUGGAUGAGAAAAUCCAAAAGGCCGUGGAGGAAGCUGUAACUUCCCGCCUCCAAAGCUUAUCACAGCCACCGGCCGCCAACAUCAGCCCUUGCUCAGCUCAUCUAAAGAGCAAUUGUGCUUCUACGGAGGCGCCUACGAGGCAAGUUGAUGACGUAGGGCUGCGAUUCCCGGUGGAUGACGUCACCGCUCCGUUGACGUCUUGUGAGCUCCAUAUUCCGGAGGGCGAUGGCACAGUAAAGGUGGCUACCGGUGUCGUAUCUCCUAUCGACCCCACCAAGACACCAACAAUCCACUCUGUCCCAAUACCAGCCGGAUAUGCUUGUGUCUCGGUGGAUAGAGUGGUCAGAGGCCGUGAAAAUGUGCCUCUCGAUAGCGAAGGCGGUGAUGGGGAGAAGACACUUGGUGAAGCGGAGAAGACAUUCAUAUGUUGGAGGAAACGGUACAUCAUUAUUCCUGGGGUGCCGCCGCCACAACCGAACCCUAGCAGGGCCUCCCCCCACCGAAGUCCGUCUGUCCAUUCACCGCAUGACCAUAGUGCCGUGGGACACGACGACGACGACGUCGUACAAGAGAAGGCCGCAUCCCCACCACCGGCCGUCGCAUCUCCUCCACGAAGGAAUCCAACGCCGCCCGCGGUCGAAUCUCCUCCACAACAACAAGCUCCACCUGCGCCACUGCCUCCGCCAAUGCCGACGACAAUGGCCGCCGCCUCAUCGGCACCGGCUGGUGCUACAUCGAGGAGGAAGAGGUCGUCCGCCGAGACACAGAGAUCACUCCAACCACCUGCGGCAAAGAGGAAAGCUUUGAACACGAAGAUCCCGAAGACGACCAAGCUUCCAUAUGAGAAGACCGAUGAGGAAGUGCUUGCUACAAACAAAAAAUAUGCAUAG